AUGAAGACGUUGGAGGGCCCAGACACACAGAGCUCGCCUCCCACCACACAGGUGCCUGUCGGCUGGCAGCGCAAGGUGGACCACACCAGGGUCGUCUACAUAAGUCCCAGCGGUUCAGUCCUUGCCUGUUUGGAACAGGUCAAGAGCUACCUGCUUACAGAUGGCACCUGUAAGUGUGGUUUGGAGUGCCCCCUCAUUUUACCAAAGGUGUUCAACUUUGACCCUGAGGCUGCCGUGAGACAGAGGACCACUGAGGAUGUCAAAGUGGAUGGGGACGUGACCAAGCUGUGCAUCCACAAAAGGAAGAUCAUUGCCGUAGCCACCCUUCACAAAAGCAUGAAGUCACCCAAUCCUUCCUUUGUUCUCACCAGUCCAAGUGGAGAUACAAGUUCAGCAUCCUUUACACAUUCCCUGUCUAACCCUCAGCGUGAAGGCUCUUCAAGAUUUCAGCCUGAAGAUAGCAAUAGGGCUUACCAGACACCAGUGACGUUGCAUGGCCAGAAGCACUUCCAACAUGAUAUGGGCUCCCCUCCUCAACAGGACGUGUACUCUAACUACAACAGGAUGAAGCAAGGCUCAAGUCAGCAUGUAGACCGCAAGUCGCUGUACAGGCAUCGGCUUAGUGGGUUGCUCAGCCCCUCGUCAGCUGCUGGCUCCCACCCGUACCUGGAUAGCAGCCCCUCAUCGAGAAGUGAUUCCCUUUUGAGUCCAGAUCUAUCGGCUGGCUUCCAAGGCACCUGUAGUCCAGGGAAGAGCCACAGCAACAGUGCGCCCGCAACCCCGUUGUCUCCAAUCCGCGCCUCGCAUCUCAGUUCCCCGCCGUCCUCCCAGUCUUCGUGCGCCAUGGUGGGCAGAGGGAAUGGUCCUCCUGCUCCAUCCAGUGCUGCCAAGAGUCCCGUCAUGAAACCCCCUUCUUCUUGCGGUUACCCUCAGAACAUGGACAUGUUUCACCAUAAGCCUCAGUCGGUGCUUCACCUGAACCCUCACCACUCUCAGCUUUCUUCCUGUGUCAUGGCAAAGCCACAGGUGGCCUCUGAGAAAGAUCCCCUCGGCAUCUUGGACCCCAUUCCAAGUCAUUCUUCUUUGGGGGCAAAUCCAUCGAGUCUUCAGACCAAUGCCCAUACUCAGGUACUAGUGAAUGUAAAUAUGCACUCCACAACUGUUCCGUUACCAAGUAACCUUCCGUUACCGUCAGCAAAGCCCGGUCCUACAGGUCACAGCGGCAGAGGUCAGUACCAUGCGCCACUGUCCGUCUCACCAUCACCGAUCACGUCUCCUGUGCAAAUGGCAGCAUCCUCUUUGGGCAGGCUAGACUCUCAGCAUCACGGUACCCGAUCAGCAUCCUCCGUUUCUGACCACGGGGAAUUUGUGGUACCUGCUGGACUGCAGGCCUCUUUUGGGCUCUCUAAGGUCCCCUCACAGUCCCCACGCUCCUCUUUAAGUUCCCCUUACCCCAUUAUGGCAUCAAGUCCAACUGCGAAAUCGGAAAUGCUUCAGAACUACAAGGACCAUUCCAGCCACUUCCUUGGGGGAAUGAACAGCACUCUGAGAAAACAUUCCAACCCAAAGUACCCAGGAUUUGGCUCAACCGACGGGCUUCAAAAAAGCAAUCAGGGCGUGAUGGGAGGAAUGAACCACAUCCUCAACAAGCGCAACUCAACCAGCUUCGCCGCAAGUCACCUCUUGUCCGCAGCAGCCAAAGCGCAGACUGCUCAUAAGAACAUAACUUCCGGUGGAGAGUUGGAAGCAGGGGCCCCUGUUGGUCAUCACAGUAUGAACGCAAUAGCGGAUUCCCUUCCCCCAGUAGUGACCGAGGCGCAGAGUGGUCGUGCGGCGUUACGUGAUAAACUCAUGGCCCAGCAGAGGGAUGCGGUUCACAAGAGCAGACACCUCAGUAACAGUAACAACACAGCCUUCCACAUGCCUAAGUCCCAGUACAGCAGCUCAGCCUCAAGGUUCCUCGGCUCUUCGGAGUUUGUCAGAAAGCCUCCACCGCAGCAUGGUUUCAAAUCCAGCGCCUCCAUGGCCCAGCUUCUGCAGAACAUGAGCAGUACCCACAAUGGAACAUCUCAGAUGGGGCACUACCUAGGGGGUUCGGCCCAGUCUCCGUUUAGAGAUGGCAUGGUGUCCACAGGUGCUGCCUUUCAAAGCCAGCAGGUGCUGCCGUGCUCUCAAGAUAGCGUGGACUUGUCACAGUGCCAGAUCAUGGAACAACAUGGACUAAAAGAAGACCGGAAUUCUGCCAUGAUGAAUCACUAUCAGCCACACGCCCAUGCAGAGCACUCUUGGAUGGGUCGAGAUGGACAGGCAGCAAUGGGAUCACAGGCCUCCCAUAAACCACACCAACAACUUCCCAACCACCACUACUACCCCCUGAACUCCCCACACAUCCACAGAGGGACUGCGUUUUCAUCCAUGAUACCAAAUGGUUAUGCGCAGACACUUUCAGGUAUGUCAGAAGAUCCUACGUUAUGA